AUGCAGAGCCUGUUCCACGGCGUGCGCGAGUACCUGACGCCGGUGCUGACCGAGUCAUCGUUCGAGGACAAGGGGCUGCUCACUCCCGAGGAGUUCGUCAAGGCCGGGGACCUGCUCGUGUACAAAUGCCCCACGUGGCGCUGGGAGAGCGGCGAGCCGAGUCUGCGCCGCUCGUACCUCCCAGCGGACAAGCAGUUCCUCGUCACGCGCAACGUGCCGUGCCGCCGCCGCGUGACGUCGCUGGAUCAGAGCUACCAGACCGAAGAGGCCGUCGAGGGCGAGGACGAGUGGGUCGCCGCCUCCUCGUACGCCAACAACGAAGGCGGCGCCGGCGCCGACGCCGUCACGGACCUGAGCGACGAGAUGGGCGACAUCUCGCUCUCAGACAAGCCCAAGAAGCAGCAGAGCCAGGCAGGAGGAAUCCUGGGCGCCAUCGUGGACGAGCACUUCGUGGACGGCGGGGCUGCACCCUCUGCUUCUGGUGCUGCUGCGGAGCCGGAGCUGAGGGACUUGAGCUCGUACGAGGAGGAGGACAACCUCGUGGAGGAUGACGAGGCCGCGCUCGGCCCCGCAGCAGGCAGCUACCUCGUGGCUAGUGAGCCUGACGACGCGGACGACGCCAUCCUGCGCACCCGCACGUACGACCUGUCCAUCACGUACGACAAGUACUACCAGACGCCGCGCGUGUGGCUCUUUGGCUACGACGAGCGCAACGCGCCGCUGAGCGGCGACCAGAUGUUCGAGGACAUUAUGCAGGACUACGCCAACCGCACCGUGACCAUGGAGCCGCACCCGCACCGCAGCUCGCUCGUGCACGCGUCCAUCCACCCGUGCCAGCACGGCGCAGUCAUGAAGCGCAUCAUUGCCAACCUGAAAGCGCGCAAGCCAGGCGACAAGGAGACGGAGGAGCAGCUGGCCAACGAGAUCCGCAGCGACCAGUACCUCUUCCUCUUCCUCAAGUUCAUUCAAUCAGUCAUUCCUACUAUCGACUAUGACUACACGAUCGAAGUGAACGCCAAGCAGUGA